AUGGCCACGCACAAAGCCAUCAUAGAUGUCCUGGCUGCUGAGAAUGUGCAGAUGCACACACAUCAGUCUCGCAAUCAGAGAGGCUAUCGAGUUGUAAUUAAAAAAUUACACCACUCGAUACCCUGUGAUUGGCUGAGAGCUAAGCUGUCGGAGUUGGGCUUCGUGGUGCGCUUCGUGCGCACCAUGAAGCAUCGCUUCACCGGCACGCCACUCAAUGUUUUUGAGGUGGAGCUACAGACAAUGCCCGAUGGCAGCCACCUCAAAAUAUGCGAUCUGGACAUGAUUAGCAACCAAAUGGUGCAACAACCACAACCUGUGCGACAAACAACAAGACAACAACAACAACACCAAAAACAACUAACACUAACGCGACAGCCAAAACUGCAACAGCAACAGCAACAACAUCAAUCACGACAACAACAAAGCACAAACAAAAAAACGCCAUUAAAUCCAGGCACAAAGCGCAAGCUGACAUAUAGCAGCGUGGUGCGUGGAUCGCAUAAUGCAACACAACACCAACAACAAGAACAACUACGACAAAGACAGACGCGACGACAGAAACACCAGCAGCAAUCCCAAACGCCAACUACAAAGCCCACCAGCCACACCGCUAACACUAACACACAGAGAUACUCAAUAAACAACAAAGCAAAACAACUACCAACUACAACAAUCAUAUCAAAUGGACGUAAUCCAGCAGCAAGGCACCUGGCUAGGCUGCAACAGCAGCUAAAGGAUGAGCAGGCCAGGUCAAGUAGCCUUGAAAAGCUGCUGGAUCAAAACAAGGCCAUGUUCGAGCGACUAGAAAAACAAAUGGAGCAAAUUAUGAUGAUAGUUACUUCUUUAUUAAUGAAAAAUAAACAACAAAUACAAAUCACAAGUACAGGCGAAACAAUCCAGCGAAUCCCACAGAGGACUCCAGAGCGUGACGAAGUCGUCCCCAGAGAGCUGAUGGAUCUCAGCGCUGGGUACGAGGCAGCUCCAGCAAUGAUGUCACCGAGCUGGCGUACCAGCUCCACAACGUCCAGCAUAACCACGCCAACGAGCGUAGCCGUAUACUAAAAUGAGAAAACAACCUUACACAAUAUACACUCACCUGCAAAACGGCUAAAAAUCCAACGAAGAUGAUCAGCAAUGCUUUUAACUGUCCCUGGAUGCGCUAAUAAACCUACCUGAAACGAGAAAAGUACAAAGAAUCAUCUAAUUAGUAGUAA